AUGGCGGACCCAAAGAUCCAGGAACUCCUCAACAAGCCCCGCAACGAACUCACGGAGUACGAAAUCGCCGAGCUGGAAGAGCACGAGUUCACCUCGGGUCCGCUGUCCAUCCUCCAAACCGCCGUCAAGUCGCACACCCAAGUGCUCAUCUCCAUACGCAACAACCGCAAGCUGCUCGCGCGCGUCAAGGCCUUUGACCGCCACUGCAACAUGGUCCUGGAGAACGUCAAGGAGAUGUGGACGGAGACGCCGCGGCUGGCGGACGGCAAGAAGGGCCGGCCCGUGAACAAGGACCGCUUCAUCAGCAAGAUGUUUCUGCGAGGCGACAGCGUCAUUCUCGUCCUGCUGAGCUGA